CUCCGCUCCCAGACUACUCCGUUCCUCCGGAUUUCGAUCCCCCUUUUUCUAUCUGUCAAUCAGCGCCGCCUUUGAACUGAAAAGCUCUCAGUCUAACUUCAACUCACUCAAAUCCGAGCGGCACGAGCUCCUCCUGUAUCUUCGGCUUCCCCCCCCUUUGCUCCUUAUAUCUGACUUCUUGUUGUUGUUGGUGUUUUUUUUUUACCCCCCUUUUUAUUUAUUAUUUUUUUUUUUGCACAUUGAUCGGAUCCUUGGGAACGAGAGAAAAAAGAAACCCAAACUCACGCGUGCAGAAGAUCUCCCCCCCUUCCCCUCCCCUCCUCCCUCUUUUCCCCUCCCCAGGAGAGAAAGACCCCAAAGCAGAAAAAAAGUUCACCUUGGACUCGUCUUUUUCUUGCAAUAUUUUUUUUGGGGGGGCAAAACUUUUUUGGGUUUUUUUUUUUUUUUUGGCUUUUCUUCCUCCAUUUUUCUUCCAAAAUUGCUGCUGGUGGGUGAAAAAAAAAUGCCGCAGCUGAACGGCGGUGGAGGAGAUGACCUAGGCGCCAACGACGAACUGAUUUCCUUCAAAGACGAGGGCGAGCAGGAGGAGAAGAGCUCGGACAACUCCUCGGCAGAGAGGGACUUAGCUGAUGUCAAGUCGUCUCUAGUCAAUGAAUCAGAAACGAAUCAAAACAGCUCCUCCGAUUCCGAGGCGGAAAGACGGCCUCCGCCACGCUCCGAAAGUUUCCGAGAUAAAUCCCGGGAAAGUUUGGAGGAAGCCGCCAAGAGGCAAGAUGGAGGGCUCUUUAAGGGGCCACCGUAUCCCGGCUACCCCUUCAUCAUGAUCCCCGACCUGACGAGCCCCUACCUCCCCAACGGAUCGCUCUCGCCCACCGCCCGAACCUAUCUUCAGAUGAAAUGGCCACUACUUGAUGUCCAGGCAGGGAGCCUCCAGAGCAGACAAGCCCUCAAAGAUGCCCGCUCACCAUCGCCAGCGCACAUUGUCAGCCCCCUCCCUUGCUGCACUCAGGGACAUGCCUGUCAGCACUUCUACCCCCCCUCAGACUUCACUGUCAGCACGCAAGUCUUCAGGGACAUGAAAAGCUGCCACUCCUUACAAAAGGUUGGGGAGCCCUGGUGUUUGGAGUCGAACAAAGUGCCGGUGGUGCAGCACCCCCACCAUGUUCACCCACUCACGCCUCUCAUCACCUACAGCAACGAACACUUCACCCCAGGAAACCCACCUCCACACUUACCAGCUGACGUAGACCCCAAAACAGGAAUCCCACGGCCUCCGCACCCUCCAGAUAUAUCUCCGUAUUACCCGCUAUCACCCGGCACCGUAGGACAAAUCCCCCAUCCGCUAGGAUGGUUAGUACCACAGCAAGGUCAACCAGUGUACCCAAUCACAACAGGAGGAUUCAGACACCCCUACCCCACAGCGUUGACCGUCAAUGCUUCCAUGUCCAGGUUCCCUCCCCACAUGGUCCCACCACAUCAUACUCUACACACGACCGGCAUACCCCACCCGGCCAUAGUCACACCAACAGUCAAACAGGAAUCCUCCCAGAGUGACGUCGGCUCACUCCAUAGCUCAAAGCAUCAGGACUCCAAAAAGGAAGAAGAAAAGAAGAAGCCCCACAUAAAGAAGCCCCUUAAUGCGUUCAUGUUGUAUAUGAAAGAAAUGAGGGCCAAGGUCGUGGCUGAGUGCACAUUGAAAGAAAGUGCGGCCAUCAACCAGAUCCUUGGGCGCAGGUGGCAUGCACUGUCCAGAGAAGAGCAAGCAAAGUACUAUGAGCUGGCCCGGAAGGAGCGACAGCUUCACAUGCAGCUGUACCCAGGCUGGUCUGCACGGGAUAACUAUGGGAAGAAGAAGAAGAGGAAAAGGGAUAAGCAGCCAGGGGAGACCAAUGGAGAAAAAAAAAGUGCGUUCGCUACAUACAAGGUGAAGGCAGCUGCCUCAGCCCACCCUCUUCAGAUGGAAGCUUACUAGACUCGCCACCCCCGUCCCCGCACCUGCUAGGCUCCCCACCCCGAGACGCCAAGUCACAGACUGAGCAGACCCAGCCGCUGUCCCUGUCCCUGAAGCCUGACCCCCUGGCCCACCUAUCCAUGAUGCCUCCACCACCUGCGCUCCUGCUGGCUGAGGCCGCCCAUGGCAAGGUCUCUGCCCUCUGUCCUAACGGGGCCCUGGACCUGCCACCUGCCGCCUUGCAGCCGCCCAUUGUCCCCUCCUCAUCGCUCGCACAGCCGUCAACAUCUUCCUUACAUUCCCACAACUCGCUGGCCGGGACUCAGCCCCAGCCUCUGUCCCUCGUAACCAAGUCUUUAGAAUAGCUUUAGAGUGAACCCUGCCUAAGUGUUUUCUUCCAGGUUCUUGAUUUGCCCCUCCCCCCACUCUGAAAGCUUUUGUUUUGUACUCUUAAUUUUGUGCCACGUGGCUACAUGAGUUGAUGUUUAUCGAGUUCAUUGGUCAAUAUUUGACCCAUUCUUAUUUCAAUUUCUCCUUUUAAAUAUGUAGAUGAGAGAACAACCUCAUGAUUCUACCAAAAUUUUUAUCAACAGCUGUUUAAAGUCUUUGUAGUGUUAAAAAAAUAUAUAUAUAUAUAUACAUAACUGUUAUGUAGUUCGGAUAGCUUAGUUUUAAAAGACUGAUUAAAAAACAAAAAGAAAAAAAAAAAGAGAGAGAAGCAAUUUUGAAGCGGCCCUCCAGAAGGAGUUGGUUCUGUAUUAUUUGUAUUAAAUACGAGCUUGCGAACCAAUCAUUUUACACCUGGUUUUUAAACCACAAGGGCACAAUGAAUGCAGUGCCGUUGCCUUUUUUUUUUUUUUUUUUUCUGUGUGAGACAACUUUUAUUGUGAUGUUACUUGUUAUUGUUUAAAUGUACAGAGACAAGGGGUUAAAGUGUGUUAAUAUACCUUGUUCCGUGGUGGUGUUCUUUUUUGGGGGGGGGGCUACUGAGCAUUUAAUGGAAUCACAGCGCUGUUGGACCAGUAGUAUUUAUUGCUUUAGAGGUUGCUUGUCGUACCUGUACGUUGUCCCUUUUUAAAUAUGUUUUCCUUUUUCUUGAAACUGUAUAAAGUUUUUUUUCCCCCAUAGCAUAAGCAUCUUAUAUAUAACAACUCAUUUGUACAAGGUUUUUAAGUUUAUAUAUAAAAUGUGUAUAUAUAUAUUUUUUGUUUCCCUUUUGACUUUUUUUUUUCCUGUAUGAAAACCAGACGCCGCCAAAUGGACAUUAAUUGUUGCAUUAAGGAUCAGUAGCAUUAAAAGUUGCUUUAAAAGCCAUUAAGGAAAACAAGACUUGAACAUAAUUAGUGAGGGAAUUUUAGAUGCCGUCUGAGCAGCAGUGGGAACUGCCCGUUUCCCCCAUGAACUCCUUGUCAAACGCCCUGCGCCCUUAGGACAUGGACUGACCGUGUGCAAAACUUCAUGUGCCAAAAUUCUCAGUGACUUUAGCUUUCUCCCUCUUUUGAUGCUGAACUUUCUGUUCAUCAUGUUUUGCUGUGAUGUUACAUAGGUAGAUUUGUAUGUAGUUUUAAUGUCACCUAUAACAAAAUGUGUUUGGUAGCAGAUUGUCCAGAAAGCAUUUUAAAUGAAGAGGCAUAAACCCUUAAGGGCCAAAAUUCUGUAUAUUAGAUUACUCUUAAACGAAAAACCAGCUGCCGCUUUUAUGUACGCGUAUGACAUACAAGUAGGUAGCGAACUUUAAGAAUAAAAUAAAAACCUAGGCAUGUUGAUGUUGCAAAAUGCUGUAUAGAGCUGAAACCUGUUCAUUCAGUGCCAUGGUAGUUGACAUGAAGCGAUUGUAAAACUGUCUCCGAUUUUUCUCUGGUUUAUUAAAAUGCUAACUAUAACAUUUUUUGUGAAUACUUUGAAUGUUUCCUAACAGUUGUGAUGUUACUGUUCCGUUUCAUGCUCUUACUCCAAGUUCAUUUUUAAUGGUUUGGAAGCCAUUUUUGUAAUGAAUAAAUGUUCACGCUGUACAGUAUCUGUAGCAUGCCGUUCUGGAUUAAUAAAAGCAACUUAGUAUGUGCAGAGAAA